AGUUUUUUUGACUUCAGUUCUGGAUGCAUGAAAGCCUGAACAGCAAUCGCAUACAAAAAUGCACUAUAUUUUCUGUUGUUGAGGUCCAUAAGCUGGGAAUUGCAAAACCCAAUAAGUCUUUUAUAGGAUUGCGAAACUAAUGAAGUUCAACAUACAUUUAACUAAAUCGUAUUUCGGAAGCUAAAAAUUUUCACUCAAAAGCGUAUCGGAAAGUUACCUACGGAAACAGAGACCGUUGUAUAUAUCAAGGAAGACAAUGACAGCUUACUCCAUGUUUGUUGAUAUACAUUUCGUUCUGUCACCUGCCUCUUAGUCCAGAUGUUCAGACCAGCCUGCACAUACUAAGUAUUUACUCGACAAUGCACAUUAAUCUAAUCAACAUUCCACUGGGGCGAAAAUCAAAAGCGAUAGGUACCUCUGAAUUCAAAAAGCCAUGGCAUCUGAAGUGUUCCCACUAGCCUUUAAUUACGUGACGGGUGAAUCCCACAUUGCGCGGUUGGUCAAGUUGGCCUUGACAGAUGAGACGAAUCUGUCACGAAUCCAAGUCAGCCUAAACAACGAUAUCUGCUCGAAAAUCACCCAUACGAGCACCUGUCUGCAUGUAGAAAAGCAAAUCAAGUAUAUUUCCAACAAUGCUGGGCUGUCGCCGCUCCUUCUUGUCGUGUCUGCCUCUCACAAUAAGCUCAAAUUCGAGGUAGACGUUCUACAUGCGGAAUGUGAGUCUGAAAGCCAGGCGUUUUUGGUAAUUCACAAAUCGUAUGGCACUGAUUCUACGCCGAAACUGCUUCUGGAGCAGAUGCUCGAAUCCCUCCUGCUGAAGCUGGGCGACGCGUCUAAAAUCCCGCUUUCGGAGCUUGCCCUGGAUGACCAGCCUCAGACCGUCGUGGUCAACGACUGUUUCAGUGAGAAAAAAGCGCAAAACUCCGUUCUUACUAUCUCAGCAUGGCACCAUAGCGAGGCUGCGUCCCGGCGUAUAUUCUCGUUUCAGAUCUGGGUCGAGGAAGAUGUUUCCAAAGCUAUACAUGUAGCUGAACUGGCACCCGAUUUACCCAAGCGACCACCAAGACAACCAACGUCUCUCGAGUUUGAUUUGACAGACCUACGCAAGGCUUUCAAUUUUAACAUCCACGACGGGCCCGAGUUCCGCACCACGCUUGCUGUCUAUGAGCAAGACACUCCGAAAUUGAAGAAAGCAAUGCUAAAUUUCCAGGACGAAGUCCGCGGACUCGAGAUGGCCUUAAAACGGCUAGUCACGACACGCAAUUGCUUGCUUGAUACGCUAGAAGCGGUUCUUAAUUAUCAGUUCAAUCCGUUGUUGAAGAAAUCCGACUUACACAAGAAGUUCUCGGCAGCAUUGAAGAGCGUGUUUGAGCCCUUGGUGCGGAACCUCACAUUCAUCAUCAAAGAGGUGUUUGCUGCCCAGUCCAUUCCAAAAAUGAUCUCAUACUGCAUGGCCUCCACGAGUGCUGACGGCAGCUAUGAGACAGCUUCCAGCCGGAAAAGCUUUGAGAAACAGAGCAAAGAAUACUACGACUGGCUACACAAGUACUUGUCUAAUGAAAAGGACCGCCCCGAACUGAAGCUCUUGCUCAAGCGCAAGGCUUUUGAGCUUUCGAAAUUUGAUUACUUGAAUGCAUUGAACGCAUCUUCCAAUAACCAAUACUUUAACCAGCUCCUAGAGAAUCUUUUCAAAUUUUCUAACUUGCCCCAAAUAGACGGAUUGCUAAACUUUAGGCUAUUUCAGGACAAGAAAAACAGCCCCUGUCUUUUACCGGAGAAGGCAAGUCUAUUCUUAAACGGAUUAUCUCGCUUUAACAGUGAAAAAUUGCAGUUUCGCCAGAUGAUUGAGGCAUGCCGUACCAACGAGGAGCUAACCACCGUGAUCAAGUCCAACGCAUUGAAUUCGGCCUCAGCGCAUCAAAGCGACCACACCAAAAGAACAGAAAAACUCUCCAUUGACACUUCGAGCGUCAAUUUGGACAUGAUUUUUCCUAAUUUGCCUCUGGUUUCUUCUCCAAAAUCAGAAUCGAGCCCCAAGAGUCCGUGGGCCCAUGUCGAAGAUGACCAGAACGCCAAUUAUGCCGGCAUCCUAUAUGCUUUGGGAGGCCAAGGAAAGCCAGGCUGGCACAAGGAGUGGGUCGUGCUUAAAAAGGGCCAAUUGAUUGAAUACUCAGACUGGAGAAAUGGAACACAGCCAAUAAACAGACCUAUCGAUAUUGCUUUGGCCAGCGUGAAACCCGUGACGAAAGAAAAACGUCAGUUUUGUCUUGAAAUCAUGACGUCUUUGGGCCAGCGCCACGUGUUCCAGGCAAUCAACGAGGACGAGCGGAGUCAGUGGAUAAAGGCUCUUUACAAUGCGGGUCAGUUGACUGACAGACUAAUCGGGAAGGCACCCAAACCAAGCAUAAUAACCGAUUUUCCCAAACCCCCUGCCCAAGUCCUCCCUGCUGAUGAUGGCCGCGGCCUGCCGGUAUCAGUAUUUUCUGAACUGUUCCAUCUUACAGAUGAAAAUUUACUACAAAACGUGCGCUCAAUUGCUGGGAGUGAGAACGGGCGAUGUGCCGAUUGCAAUUCAACAGAGACUACGGAAUGGGUCUCUAUGACAUUUUCGGUGGUCAUUUGCGUGAAAUGCUCCUCGUGUCACCGAAACAUGGGCUCCCAUAUUUCGAAAGUCAAGUCGCUCAAAUUAGACAACUUCUUUGAUGAGAGCCGAAUCUUGCUCACAUACAUGAACAAUGCUCUUGUCAAUAGCUAUCUUGAAGCUAUGGCCCCACAGAAGCUUGACCCCGAUGCCUCUGAUGCCCAAAGACUACAAUACAUUAAACAGAAGUAUGAGAACAGGGCCUUCAUGGCACCUGUUGGAGGUAUUAAUGCGCUGCUUGUCAAAGCUACGCGCAAAAUUGACAUCCACGAGGUCAUUAAGUGGCUUAAUUGUGGCGCCGAUCCCAAUCUCACACUAGAAAUGUCAAACCUGCAGUGGUCUGACCCACUAACUGUGACGCUUUUUGAGUAUUCUUUACGCAAAAGAAUAGAAGUGGAGGAGGAGGGUAAACAACGUGGUUAUUUUGUGAUCUCCGAGCUUUUACUUUUACAUGGAUGUCUGCUCGAAAAUAUACGUGAUCUUCACCCCCGAAUUGUGGGAAGAGAAGAUGCAAAAUCCUAUUGGAUGAAAAAACGGUCGAGAUCUUUGGCGCCGUGAAAACAUGAAAAUGAUAUGUUUCAUGGACGCUUUGUUGAAAAACCGACGAAGGAAUGAAAACUAUAUAGACUAAUGAAUUUUUGAAACGCGGAAGCGCCAC